CGACUAGCUGAAAAGAUAUUUUUAUGAGCUUUUUAGUAACUGUUAGCUUUUAGUGACUGAAAAGAUCUUAAGAAGAAAAGGUGGUAGCUGUUUGGUAAAAAGUCGGCUGUUUGAUUUAGUCAUGUUUGGUAUACAACCUGUUAGGACAAAUUAAUACUAAAAGUCAUGGUCUUUUCUCAGAUGCUACUCCCCGUAGCAUCUCAAAAAAGAUCUUUUAUUUUUCGAGAAGCUCUUAAAAUUUGUCAUGCCAAACACACAACUAAAAGCUUUUAAAGACUUUUUAAACAAUACAAAAACUAGAAGGCAUUGACUUAUGUGUGCCAAACAUGCACAUAACAUACUCCAUAUCUGGAAUCAUCUCUCUCUGACAAUUGUGCAUUAAGAAUGUUAGAAUGGAACCUGACAAUGUGGAGUAUCGAGAGUUAACCCUUGUUGAUUCCCACUGCACAGAAAAUCCAUCCGAAAUUUUGAUCACGCUCUCUUUUCCUUCCAAUGUGCAAAAUAAGAUUGAUAUGUCCGAAGUGUGCAAGAUUGAAGCAAAUUUGUCAAAUGGUUGUGUAACCAUAAUAGGAGUCGAUAAAACCAACGGUACCUUCUUUGCAAAAGCUUUCAAGGUAUCACAAAACUUCAAAAGUCGCGGCUAUACAGUUGGAACGCAAAUAGGAAACAAGAUUCUUAUAACCAUAUACAAAAUACCUGUAGAAGCAAAAGAGGACGAGCAAAGGAAAGGCUACACAUACAAUCCAACCCAAUUAGCGCCAUCGGGCGAAAAAAAAUCUCUAUCAGAAAGCAUACAAACAUACCGCAACACCAGUUGUUCGAGUGAAGAAAAUAAAUGCACGAGCGGCAAAAGAGACGGUGUUGCAGAGAAGAUCAAAAGGAACAUAAGCAGGGAGGUUCUCAUUCUUGUUAUUACAAUGGUUGCAAUCGUGGCAUUAUCUUCAUUGCUCUUUAGCCAUGUGAAUCAGCCUAUCGUUUAAGUUGCACGCUCUUUUCCUCGGCCAUAUAUCACGUACCCAAUCACAUAUAUAUAUGCAAUUACUUGUACGAGGCCGAGUGACACCGUUUAAUCACUACAUGAUAGUGUGUAAAUUGUAAUCUACUGUCUUAUUUACUCUUGUCAAUAAAUGUAUAAAUAAAUAAAACAAAUUUCAGAAAUGGU